CGCACGGGCUGUUCCUCAGCUUGCGGAGUGAAUGAAGGCCAUGGUGGAGAAUUUCCUCUCGGAUGCGGCACUGGACGUGGCAAUGCUGAACAGCUUGACGGGGAAGGGGGGCAGCAGAAGGGUUUGGAGGAGAGGCGAGAGAAGAGCGGAGGAGGUGGAGGAGGAGACCCGAGAGUCGGCGGACCAGAACUCCGAAGACGCACGCCGCCGGGCGCCAUGUCUACGGCACACGAACUCAAAGAGCAGGGCAAUCGCCUGUUCGGCAACAGGAAAUACGACGAUGCCAUCCAGUGCUACACCAAGGCCAUUACACGCAACUCGCUUGUGGCGGCGUACUACACGAACCGCGCGCUCUGCUUCGUCAAGCUUCAGCAGUGGGAGAAGGCGGUGUCCGAUUGCAAGCAUGCGCUGGAACUUGACAGCCAGUCGGUCAAGGGCCACUUCUUCAUGGGCCAGAGCCAGCUGGAGCUGGAGAACUAUGAUGAGGCCAUCGCCAACUUGCAGCUGGCGUACAGCCUUGCCAAAGAGCAGAGGCUGAACUUUGGGGAUGACAUUGCCAGUGCGCUACGGAUGGCCAAGAAGCGCAGGUGGAGCAGCUUGGAGGAGAAGAGGAUCCAGCAGGAGAUUGAGCUGCAGGCCUACCUCAACAGGCUCAUCACGGAGCAGAAAGAACGGGAAAUAGAGGCAUAUAAAGAGAAGAUAAAGAAUGAAAAAGAGGAGCAAUUGACAUCUGACGAUAUUGAAAACAUCGAAGGCAAGCAUGACAAGUGGAUGAAGGAGCUCAAUGAUCUGUUUUCGCAAGUGGAUGAGAGACGGAAGAAGCGCGAUGUGCCGGACUAUCUGUGUGGAAAGAUAAGCUUUGAGCUGAUGAGGGAGCCUUGCAUCACGCCCAGCGGCAUCACAUACGACCGCAGUAACAUCGAAGAGCACCUACAGCGGGUUGGCCACUUUGACCCCAUCACACGGAGUCCCUUGACUCAGGACCAGCUCAUCCCAAAUUUGGCUAUGAAGGAGGUGAUCGACGCGUUCAUCACUGAGAAUGGCUGGGUGGAGGAUUACUGAGAAUUCUAACUGGAACACGCCACUGUGGGGCGCACGGAGCACUCACAUCCCCUACGGAUCGUAGAUUCCGUCACUCGGCUGCUUCAGCACGGAUGUUUGGCCCGAGCGUGCGCUGAGCUUCUUUGGCGGGGUGGGGGAUGGGUGACUACUUGCUGGGGUUGAAGACCAGUUCACGUUCACGUUGCGUGUUACAAUGGGUUUGAUUUUUGUUGUUUUCAUGUAAGUGCGAUUAAUCCAGUAUGGGUGGUUAUACUCCUUUCCACCGAUAAGGCGUAAUAUUCAGAACGCGUAGAUAUAAAUAAAAUUGCCAUUGUAUACAAUGUGAGCUUGAGAAAGCUACUGUAACCAUCCACGUACCUUUUUGAGUUGGAGAGUUGUGCAGGAAAAUCGAUAAGUUGGCUGUAAAAAAAAUUACUUUACAUAUACAAAAACAUUAGACAUGCAUAUAUGUUGUAAAUACAAGCAAGACAACCAAAUCUGGGAUUUGGUAAACUUUUCUUUUUAAAUGGACAUCGUUUAUGUUGUUUAAGUGUAACGUAUUAAAUAUCUCCGGCUUGAGUCAGCUUCCAGUUAGAAUUACAAACGAGGUUACAUCUCGGCAGGUAGCAGUGCUGUUGUAACGUUCUCUAAAGGCCACUUGGCUUUCUGUUAUGUAUUAUUAAAGACCGCUCAACAGCAUGACAUCAAGCAAGUGCACCUUUAUUUUUCAAAGCAGUUGAUAGCACGAGAAGAGUAUGUUCUCUGGUGCAUUGUAGGGAGCUUUGGCACAACUCAGACCAAACCAAUUUGAAACUGCCAAAAGCACGCACGUUUAGCCAUACAUUGAGUUUAAUUUAAAAGACGUCCAUAUAAGCCAAACACUGCUGAAUAUAUACCACUUUUCAGUGUAUUGGAGUAAUUCCUACUUGAUCACAAAGACUGUAAUGUGAUUAGCCGUACACUUCCUGCUCAAAGACCAGUUUACGAUUGAUACCUGGCACGAAUUACAGAGCAACAACUUCCCUUGCUGCACAAAAAAAUAGAAUUUGCCAAACUUUAAGGGCUGCCAGGACAGUAGCAUGGUGUGAGCAUAAGUUUCGAACCAAGGACCGUUUAACAUCCCACUUGCUGGUGUGUGUAUAAUGCAGCCGCGUGCACUUGUCGUUACAUGCACUUUCACGAUGUUCAUGUAAUGUUCUCAGUACUUGUCAGGUGUUGCACAGAGUCCAGUCCUGUCGUCUUGAGAUAUGAAAGGUGAGCUCUGCCGUUGUCUCGCUCAUCGCAGCUGGAACUUUGUUUAGCGCUGUUUCAACGCUUGCUUCGUUGUGCGACGUUUCUUUUUUAUCGUUCCCUGUCAGAAUAUGUACAGAGACCGCAUCCUUGGACUUCAGUGAACAUAUCACACUGUCUGUAGUGGUGAGAAUAUAUUGUAUACUUUCUUUUGACAAAUAAAGAUUUAUGAAAAACAA